GCCUUCUUCUGUCUUGCCAAUGCCACGUACUUUCUAUCUUUUGUAGAAAGUUUUAUAUUUAUAUAUUACUACAUAAUCACUAAUCAGUGAUCAGUAAUUUCCAGAUAUGAAUGUUAAAUAAUAUUUUCCAAUAAUUAUAAUUAUAAAAUAAGUAUUACGAUGGGAAUGGAAACACAUAAAACUGAGGAUCGGCACCAGUCCGAAUAUCUCUAUCGACCUGACAUACUUCAGAAGUUAGAUUUCAACAAAAGUCCAGCUGUUUUCAAUCCAAGAAUUAGUACAGUAAAUCCUGGAGCUGACUGGAUGGUUGUUAGACCAUUGCAGCGAGGAGAUUUUGACAAGGGCUUCCUACAAUUACUUAGUCAACUAACAAGUACUGGAAGCAUCACAAGAAAACAAUUUGAUGAGCGAUUCACACAAAUGAAGAUAUCCGGUGGUCACUAUGUAACAGUAAUUGAAGACAAGCGCUCAUCAAAAAUAAUCGCUGCCGCCACACUCACAGUGGAACAGAAGUUUAUCCACAAUUGUUCCUUGCGUGGCCGUUUAGAAGACGUAGUUGUUAAUGAUACUUACAGAGGAAAACAACUGGGAAAGUUAAUAGUUGUAACUGUAUCACUACUGGCUCAAGAGUUAGGCUGCUAUAAAAUGUCUUUGGACUGCAAGGACAAACUGAUAAAGUUUUACGAGAGUCUUGGAUAUAAACUUGAGCCUGGCAACUCCAAUGCAAUGAACAUGAGAUUCGAAGAAGAUCCCUCCUGACAAUUAGCCGCUAGGGCAUCCGACCUGCGUUCUAAACUGUAAGUUACAACCGUCUGCCAAGCGGUCUUCACAGCACCAUCGACGCUCCGUAGUUACCAUAAUUUUUCAUCGGCACGGGAAAUGCAAAAAGUAUCCCCAUUAUUUGGAAUGUGUUUUCCUUGUGUUCAAUUAAAAUCAAAAUAAAAAAAUAAAAAACCUCAGAUUGAGUAUACUCACUUCCAAUGUACCAAAUUUAAUGAAUUUUAAUAAAGCUUUGUUCAAUAGUUAUGUUUGAUGUGAUUUCUGCUUGGUUGUUAUGUAAUUGCAGUUGCAGGGUCAAUUUUUCUAUCCAUCAGUAGGGAUGUUCAUUGGAAGAUAUUGGAAGCUUAAAUGAUAAGUUACUUCAUCUUAAGUUGAUUGAUGAACACCAAUAUUGAUGGGGUGUUAAAUUGAUUGGAUGUCUUAGCACAUAAUAAUUGUUUCUGAGAUGUCUGAGAUUUGGGCUUCUUUACGCUUAUGCCUUAUCAUCGAACAGAUGUAACCAUGUGUCUCAACAUUGGCUUUAACAAUCCCUUAAGCGCAUAUGUAUACAUUUUUUGAGCUUAUGAUUUAUAACAAUGAAGUUAAAUUAUGGUUACGUUACCAUCGCUUAUCAUGUAAUUAUGUUGCAGACAUUGUUUUGUUUAGUUAAUAUAGCUUUUAAUUUAUGCAAUGUUAACAUCUGUACUUAAUUAUGUUAAAUAACAAAAAAUGUUGUUACUAACAUUCAUAGUAUUUUUCUAUUAAACUUUUUUGCUUUAUU